CAAAUCUUCCUGCUACUCCUUUGUGUUCCAGUAGGAGGCAGAACUUUGUACCGAUAACAUCUAUUGUUGCAGUAAUUGCAAACAAAUUUAAUCUGUGUCGACAUGGAUUUUAAGCUGAUAUUCUUGUGCAUUCUCAUCAUCACAUUCGUGUCGGCGUUCCCGUCAGAAGGUAUUCGAGAGAAACGCGACAUUUUUGACUCGAUAAAAAGCGCCUGGAACGAUGUGGUCAAAACUAUGAGCGACGCAGGAGACGCUGUCGUACACGUGUUCAAACCAACGGAGAAAAGCGUGAUCGAUAAAGUCGCAGACGGCUUUAAGAGUCUAUCUCAAUAACCAGUUCCAAGCGAAUGUAUUAUAUGACCUGCGCAGUUACGUAACUGCAUUGAAGCCAUGUAAAAUGCAAGCCGGUUGUAUUGUGUGUAUUUAUUUGCUUUAUUGUUAAGUGAUGUUUACUACACAUUUUAUGUUUGUGAUGGUUUGCUCAUAAGUCUUUAUAAAACUAUAUGUAUUGGUCUUUGUUGUCUGAACUAUAAAAUGGAAAUUGUUCUAGCAAAUCGGUGUUACAGGUUUAGUUAUACAUCUAUAGGUUAUAUUUUUUUAUAAUAACUUGUAAUAGCUAUUUGCAAACAAGUAAAAUAUUGUGAAAUAGUUAAGGCUAAAAGACCGUUAAAAUUAUUCUUGAUUGAUAGACCGUAAUUAAUAAAAACAAAGUUUGUUAUAUGGUCUCAAAAUUAAUUACGAAUACCUUUAUUUUAAUUUUUAAUCGUGCUUAAAAUUUGAUCUAUGGUUAUUUAAUGUGAGUGAAGGAAUUAUUAAUAAAGAAAUGUCGAUA